UGUUUAAGAAUUUUUUUGAAGAGGCAUUGCUUGUGUGCAUUGCACCUGUUCUAUCGUUUUUAUCAUACUAUAUGUUACAUUUGCAUAGUUUAUUAAAUACUACUUUUAGCAAUAGUGUCAGGGAAUAUCAGAAAAAGACGAAUGUUGGCCAGUAAAUUACUUCAUGGCUGUAGAAAAUAAAAUUAGGUAGAUCUACUACGAAUUAUUCAUUCAGGAUUGUACACAUACUAAACUACACAGAAAAAAAAAGUACAAAUCUAUAAAUAACCGAGCUCUAUCUAUUAUUUCGCUUGUACUGCCAUCUUCUAGUUACGCUACUGGCCUCCCUCGCACACAACUGAAUCAUUCUUGUCUGUAUAUCACAUACACCAGGAACAUUUAUACAAUGUAUGCAACAGGAGCAAGCGAGAGGGAACGAUAAUCAGAAGGGAAAAGCAGAGCGACAGUUGGUGGGAGUUGAAGCAGCGGAUGCAGUGAUGGCGGCUGCGUUGGAUAACCAGCCGGAGCAGGCCAGGUCGGAAGAGCGAGGGAGGCAGACAAAGUGGAUAGGAGAGAGAGCCAGAAUCGGAAUGGAAAGACAGCCAGGUUGCUCGACGGGGUGGCGGGGGUGAGGGGGCAAAGCCGAAGAACGGCUUAGCCUGGCGCUGCCUCGGUCGUAGCCACGAGUGGAGUGUUGAGAGAGCAACCGAGGUCCCGUUGGCCCUGGUGGUCGGCCCGCACCGGGUGAGGCGUCAUGAAAGCGCGCCAGUCGACCGUGCGCACCUACAGCCGUACGAGAGCACGCUGAGCGCUUCGUUUAUUGCCCAUUUCUCGGUCCUUUCUUGCCGUCGCGCCUCCAUCCGUUUUCGGAGCACGACACAUUGACACGCGGCGACCGGCGCGUUGGCGGAUCACCUAGGACUAGUUUCCCCGAUCCUCGGUCAUUCAUUGGGAUCGCAGGAUGACAGAAGCAGCAGACGGACGUCCGGCUGGAUCGGCGAUCCCGUCGAUGAACGAGAUUGCGCGUUUAAGGGAUGUUUUCCUUCUCGCUGAGGAAUCGUGAGAUCGGAGAGAUUGAAGGAGUGCGGUCAGUGGCCUGGAUUUUUGAUUGACAUCUUGGGGUGGUGAUCCUAGAGAGGGAAGGACUCUCUAUUAUAUUUAAUUAGAAAAGCAGUGUUAUUUUACGGUGUUUACUUUGAAAUCCGACUUUGUUCUUUUUAUGACGACGUGUGUGUAGCUCCUUUCCCGAUGGCUUAAUGAGGGUCUAGGGAGCGGCAAAGACAAUGGCUUCGGAGUAAUGCUCAGGUGUGUGCUCCUUUGUUAACCAAGACAGAGCGUUUGUAUUCUUAACUAUUCGGUAUAUCUUGCUUCUCAUGAUUUUCAUCCCUAUGGACGGAAAUUCAGGGAUAGCUUCGUGUCAUUAAUGUGACGUUUUACGCGGUGAAUCUUCUCACGCAUGAUAUCUUGCAUAUGAAUUGCGAUAGAUUAACGCAAGGAAGUCUUUACGGAGUAAAGUAAGUGGACGUAUGAAAUCGCAGGACGAUUUAAUCUACUCAUAAUCCGGCCGUAACUUAUAUUUCAUAUAAAGUUUCCGUAUCGUAUUCCGUCGUGCAGCUGAAAUCGUAUGCUUUAUUAGCGACAUCAAAGAAAGCGGAGGCGAAAUAAAAGAAAUCUAUUGGCUGAAUACAUGUACAAGCAUAGCAUAAAAAAAUCGGAAUUAUUGACAUUUUUUUAAAAUUUUAUACAAUUAUAGAAUUUCAACAUUGUAUAAGCAUCGUCGGAUGACAAUUAAAUAUCAUCGUAACAAAGCCAGAACGAAAUACAUUGUAAGUGGUAAAUGCAACAAAAAAUCGAUCGGACCAACCCUUCGCUGUACAAAAUCACGCGUUUCCGAUCACCGAGCAAUCUCUCGGCUAUUUUCAAUGUUUUGUGAAGCUUGCUUCGUUACCUCAUUGUUGUCACGUUGACCGCGCCGAAGGGUGCCACCCCUAGUUCGUUAUUCCGUUCCACACUUUGGAGCACUCAAAUCGCGGAGUAACGAAGGGAGGAAACUAAUCCAGUCCAAGAGUGAUACGCAUUUUAUCCGAUGAAUAGACAGAUGCGAUGAGAGAAACGUAUUUAAAAAAGAGAAAGAGGAAAGAAUGUUCUAUAAAAUAAUAAGAAUAUGCUUUCUUUGCGAAAUAAUUUUAUAAUUAUUUCAGUUCAGUUGCUACGUUAAUGUAUUAUGUGAUUUCUUUACGUCACAUAUUUCAAGAAUAACGUCAAAGAAAAUAAAGGUGCCUGAUGAGCGAAAGAACCGGUAUUCUAUUUAAGAACAAUAUGAAGAAAGGGAGAACAAAAAGACAUGAUAUGCGCGAGAGAUAAAGUAGAGGCACGAUCAUCUAUUAUACUUACUUUGUAAAUAUAGCCAUUUAUGUAUGCACCAGUCAUUGAUAUACAUUUUCAACGUUAGAUAGAUAUCAAAAUGUAAAAAAAAAGUUGUAAUAAAAAUAUAAAUGAAACUAUAUUAAAUGUCUGUAUCGAUUAAGCCAUUUUUUAGUUUUUUAUGAAAGAAACAUUACAUAUGAUAGUCAAAAUUGCUGCAAAAAAGGCAUUCCAUGUCCAUGAGCGUAUUUAAAAGAAGAAUAAAACUGAAACUCUCUGCGAAACAAAGUUGAAGAAUUUCAGUCCGGCACGUGAGACUGUGCGACUUUAUAACGAGCACCAAGAUUCAGGAAAAGAAUACGUUCAAUUUUCAUUCUUAUUCUGGAAAAAUUUACAUAACUCUAAUGCAUCUGACACGGCGGAUGCGCCUGGCCUAAGUGAAGGGGGGAUGGGAGGAGAGUCCGAGAACAGCGACGUGCGAGGUCCGCAUGUUAAUCGAGUCAUCGUUUCCUGGUGUUUUGAAUUCACGAUAACGUAUAGCCUCAGUCAACUAGAAGACCCGGCGACACGCGGUUCGCCGACUGAUAUGGCAGCAGCCGACAUUCCAGCCACCGCGAUCCCUCGGCUCCUCCGCCAUCAUCGCCGUCACUAUCUCCGAUACCGGCGUAGCUGUCAAACAACCGAACAGGUGUUACCGCGAGGCGCCCGGAGUGGGACACGCGAUUUCUUGUGAUACUACACACACGGCGUACGGCGACUCGAAGAAAUAAGUCCCAGUGUCGUCGAUCGAUCGAUGUGACACGCACAUUCCUCGCGCAUUCCUCGUUACUUAACUGGACGCCGAAGGUGUCUUCGUGGGUGUCAUUCCGUGAGGUGUCUGUGAAUAUCUGGUGGGUGAGGGGGUGGACCAAGAGCGAUUGUUCUUAGGAAUAGAGUGUUCUGACGUUGGUGAAUUGCAUACUCAUCGAGAAUGACGGGCCGUAAAGUUUCCUGUCCGGUAUCCAAAUUCAGCAGUGUCUUUCUGUUGCUGUUGAUUCUUUUAGCCGAGGUUACGUACUCGGCCGAUCUCGCGAUCGAGAUACCAGGCAACCUGAGUCAGGGUGGUUCCUGGUACCGUUUGGAUUACAGCCCACCCGUCGGCUCUCCACCGCCAAACACCACCAUAGCUGCCACCGACAUCGGUGAUGUCAUAAAGUUCAGGGACGGCCUGCCUGGGACAAGAUACGAGUACUGGCUAUACUACAGCAACAGCACUCUUCACGAUUGGCUAACAUGGACCGCAUCGAUUACAACACCACCCGAUCCUCCAUCAAAUUUGACGGUAUCGGUGCGAAAUGGGAAGACCGCGAUCGUAUAUUGGUCGCCUCCGGCCCAGGGGAAUUAUUCCGGUUUCCGGUUGCGGACGCAGAGCUUCAGCGAUACCGGAAAUCCCAAGACCACUGUCAUCCCCGUCGAUUCGGUACCCUACACACUUCGUGAUCUCACGCCUGGUGCCACGUACUCGCUUCAACUUUUUACCGUGUUAGACGCCAAAGAGAGCGUUGCUUACACUAGCCGAAAUUUUACAACAAAACCGAACACUCCGGGAAAAUUCAUAGUCUGGUUCAGGAACGAAACGACGUUGCUGGUGCUAUGGCAACCACCUUAUCCAGCCGGAAUAUAUACACACUACAAAGUUAGCAUAGACCCACCUGACGCGAUAGAAUCUGUUCUCUAUGUAGAGAAGGAAGGCGAGCCACCUGGUCCUGCACAGGCAGCUUUCAAAGGACUCGUUCCAGGUAGAGCAUACAACAUUUCCGUACAGACCGUUUCCGAGGAUGAAACAUCCGCGCCCACCACAGCCCAGUACCGUACGGUACCGCUGCGUCCCCUCAACGUGACUUUCGACAAAUCUUCUGUGACAUCAACUUCCUUUCGUAUGUUUUGGAACCCUCCCAAUGGAACAUCCGAGUUUGACAAGUAUCAAAUAUCGCUUGGUAGUAAUCGGAGGCUUGCGCCGGUCACGCGCAACCGAGAUGACGAGAACAGAUGGGAGUUCAAGGACUUGGAGCCUGGCAAAACAUAUCAAGUAGUAGUGAAGACGGUCUCUGGCAAGGUCACCAGUUGGCCGGCCAGUGGAGACGUUACUCUAAGACCGCUACCUGUUCACGAUCUUAGGGCAGUAAUUGAUGAGAAGACUGGUAUGGUAGAGGUUUCCUGGAGUCCAGAGAAUUCCAGUACGCAGGACAGUUACAAGUUGCAAUAUCACGAAGUGGAAACAUCCAUUGGCGGCGAUAGUAACACUUUAACAACUGAUAAAACGAAGGUAACUCUGGAAGCUCUGCUGCCAGGAAGAAAUUAUUCCAUAAUAGUUCAAGCAAUUAGCAAUAAAGUCGAGUCGAACGAAACUAUUCUAUACCAAGCGACACGUCCUGCCAGUCCCGUAAUUGAGGAUCUGAAGCCCAUUGAGAAGGGUUUGAAUAUCUCUUGGAAGAGCGACGUCAAUUCGAAACAAGAGAAGUUUGAAGUGACUCACAACAGAAAUGAUACUGGAGAAAGUGCAACUACUCUAACUACAGAAUCGCACAUUGUUUUGGAAGAUCUUUAUCCUGGUGCAGCAUAUGAAGUCAAGGUCUUUGCCAUUAGUCAUGGACUUCGAAGCGAGCCGCAUGAUUAUUUACAAGCCGUUUUACCUCAUCCUCCGAAAAAUCUUAGUAUCGAAAAAGUCACGAGCAACACUAUUGUCGUGCACUGGGAAGCGCCAACAAAUUCAAUAUUCACUGAAUACUCCAUCAGAUAUCGCACUGAAGAUGAACCCAGAUGGGUUAAACUUCCCAGCGUGCGUGACACGGAAGCAGAAGUGGCAGAUAUGACACCCGGUGAAAGAUAUACCAUACAAGUGAACACUGUCAGUUAUGGCGUCGAAAGUUUGUAUCCACUGCAAGUGAAUCACACAGUCCGACCUAACCCAGUUUUAAAUAUUACCCCGAUUAUCGACUCUACCAAUGUAACUUUGGAAUGGCCGCGGCCUGAGGGUCGCAUCGAGACCUACGUUAUAAAAUGGUGGCCAGUAGAAAAUCCAGAGGAUUCCAGAACAAAAAAUGUCAGCGAGAGCAAUGAUGUACCCGAUAUCGAAGAGAAUUCUAUACAAACCGAGAGGAUUUUAGUGAGCGACCUAAUGCCUGGAGUGCAAUAUUUCUUCGUUGUCUACACAAUUUCCUAUGAUCUAGUUAGUGACAUCAGCAAUUUAACUACGAGAACGAGUGAUGGUAGGUUGAUUGGUAAUCAGACAAACAAAAACGAAACUUUGAAAUUUAGUGCCACUCUCCGACUCAGAGUCGUCGUAGUGGUCGAUCGGGACCAACCGGGGUCAUUAACGUUGAGAUACACGCCGACACCGAUUCAGUCCUCGAAGUUCGAUCUUUAUCGAUUCAGGAUUAGCGAUGAAACUAAUACCACGAAGGAACGUAUGGUGGAUGAUGUUGACACCAAGAUUACAUUUGUUGGAUUAACACCUGGGAAACUGUACAAUGUGACUGUUUGGACAGUAAGCGAUAAUGUAGAGAGCAGACCUCUCCUUCGGCAAGACCGACUCUAUCCUGAACCGAUCACUGCGAUCCAUGCGAUCGACGUAAAUGAUACGAGGAUCACUUUGACCUGGGACACCCCACACGGAGAAUACGAUACUUUUGAAGUACAGUACAUUAAUACGGAAGGAAACUACAUCCAAAAUAUAACCUCGGUCAAUGUGAUCACCAUCUUUGAUUUGAAACCGCAUAGAAAUUAUACGUUCACGUUGGUUGUACGUUCGGGUACAGAAUCAUCUUACCUGAGAGUCUCAAAUCCGCUCAGCGCCAGCUUUACCACCAGCGAAUCGUAUCCAGGAAAGGUGGAGAAGUUUCAUCCCAUCGACAUUCAACCAAGCGAUAUCAGUUUCGUGUGGUCUCUUCCUAGCCAGGAGCAAAAUGGCAUUAUUAGAAAAUUUAGCAUUACCUAUGGUUUAGAAGGUUCAACACAUACCCAGAUGCAAGACUUCAGGCCAAAUGAACUACGCGGUGUAAUCAAAUCCCUCAUACCGGGCAAAACUUACAUCUUCCGAAUUCAAGCGGAAACUAAAAUUGGCUUUGGCCCUGAGGCGGUCUGGAAGCAGAAGAUGCCAAUACUAGCACCGCCAAAACCGUCCACGCAAGUAGUACCGACCGAGGUCUGUAGAAGUAGCACAACUAUUCAAAUCAGAUUUAGGAAGAAUUACUUUAGCGAACAAAACGGUGCGGUAACGUCAUAUACCAUCAUCGUUGCCGAAGAUGAUAGUAAGAACGCUUCUGGACUGGAAAUGCCUAGUUGGAGAGAUGUUCAAGCCUAUAGCAUUUGGCCACCCUAUCAGGUAAUGGAGCCAUAUUAUCCUUUCAAAAACGGAUCAGUGGAGGAUUUCACAAUCGGCUCGGAGAAUUGUGACAACAAAAUUGGAUAUUGUAAUGGACCAUUAAAAUCAGGAUCUACUUAUCGGGUGAAAGUGCGCGCAUUUACAGCACCCGAUAAAUUUACGGACACCAGCUACAGUUUUCCCAUUCAAACAGGAUUGCUGCUGGCAGAUAAGGACAACACGGCCAUCAUAGUCGGUGUCACCGUCGCCAUAGCAUUGCUGCUAUUUCUACUGGGCAUCGGAUUGUUCAUGCGAAGGAGAAGAAGUCAGGGUCGCAAGACAACAGAAACCAGGGCAACCGAUAAUUUGUCAUUGCCGGACAGCGUUAUUGAGACUAGCCGGCCCAUCAAAGUCGAAGAUUUCGCUGAGCAUUAUCGUACCAUGUCGGCGGAUUCCGAUUUCCGGUUUUCGGAAGAGUUUGAAGAAUUAAAACAUGUCGGAAGAGAUCAACCGUGCACUGCAGCGGAUUUGCCUUGUAAUCGGCCAAAGAAUCGUUUUACAAAUAUUCUUCCAUACGAUCACAGUAGAUUCAAACUUCAACCUGUUGAUGAUGAAGAGGGCUCCGACUACAUUAAUGCCAAUUACGUACCGGGUCAUAAUUCACCACGAGAGUUUAUCGUGACUCAAGGACCGUUGCAUUCGACUCGCGAUGAUUUCUGGCGAAUGGUGUGGGAAAGUAACAGCAGGGCUAUCGUAAUGCUAACGAGAUGCAUCGAGAAGGGCAGAGAAAAAUGCGACCAUUACUGGCCGAUGGACACUUUGCCAGUUUAUUACGGAGAUAUCUGCGUCACAAUACUCAAUGAGACGCACUAUCCGGAUUGGAGUAUCACAGAAUUCAUGUUAUGCAGAGGUGAUGUAAAGAGAGUGAUACAACACUUCCAUUUCACUACCUGGCCGGAUUUCGGCGUUCCCAGUCCGCCGCAGACUUUGGCGAGGUUUGUCCGAGCGUUCAGGGAACGAGUCAGGCCCGAUCAGAGGCCUAUAGUGGUUCAUUGCAGCGCCGGUGUGGGUCGUAGCGGCACCUUCAUCACUUUAGAUAGAAUACUGCAGCAAAUUCUUGUUUCGAAAUACGUUGACAUCUUCGGAAUUGUCUGGGCGAUGAGGAAAGAGCGAGUCUGGAUGGUCCAGACGGAGCAGCAGUAUAUUUGUAUCCAUCAGUGUCUUUUGGCUGUUCUGGAGGGACAGGACACCACUGGACCACCACGAGAGAUUCAUGACAAUCAGGGAUUUGAAGGCAAAAAUCGAAGCUCGGUCGAAAGCACUAAGAGUCCUGCCGAGGCUGAGAAGGAGAGGUGACCUUCAAAUAGCGACUCCUGCAUCGAGGAUGACGAAGGAAUAGCCGAGUCAGGGAUGUGAUGGUUCGAUUACUGGUUAGGAAUAAUGUCGAUCGACGAUGACAAGA